AUAAGCAACGCGGCGUACGUGCAUUCGGUUCUCUUAUUUAAGCGUUUAAUUUGUUAAUAAUUAUAGAAUAGUGUAUAAAAAUAGUUAAAUUUACGAGCCGAACUGACUGCAGACAUGUCCAAUCUGAUAAAACAAGGCCUGCCACUCACAUCGGCGCGUGCUCCGCUGCUACAAUUUUUGCGAUUUCGCGGCAAGAUAAACAUACAACGCCCCAAGGAGCCGCACUAUGAGCGGGCGCGUGUUGUGGCCGUCACACAGCCCAAAUAUCCGGAGCCGCCGAAGGCUCUGACCUGCUUUCAGUCGCGGGCAGAACGUCUGGGCACCCAGGUGGAGAAUCCCUACAAUGCGAUUAUAGCGCGCGAGGUGCGCAACUGGUUGGAUCAUUCCAAGCUGGUGGCCAUCUUCCAUUUGAACUCAAUAAUGGCAGACGAGCUCUUUCGUGUGCGCGUCCAGCUGCACAAGCAGAACAUGCACCUAAAAUCCUACGGCCGCAAGAUCAUUGCCCAGGCUGUUGCCGGCACACAAUACGAGGCCAUUGUGCCGCUGUUCCACUCGAAUCAUUGCAUUGUGUUCUCGCCGGAUCAGCAUCGUGUGGUCGCGCUGUUGCGCCUCACGCGCAAAGUGCCACAAAUGGUGCUGCUAGGCGGCAUUGUGGAGAACACCCUGCUCAGCCGCAACGAGCUGAUGGACUUCGCACAAAUGCCCGGUCUGCAGGCGGCACAGGCGCAGCUGGUGCAAACGCUCAAUAUGGCGGCCGGCAAUGUGGUGCAGCAGCUGCAGGCGCAUCAGUGCAAUCUGGUCAAGGUCCUGGACGUGCACGCCAAAAGCGAUGCGGCAACGGAGCCGACGAAAGAAACGCAGACAUAAGUUAUAAUUUGUUAAUAACAAUAACAGCAACAAAAUA